GCAGGGCUGCAGUGAUGCGCGGCUGGUGUGCGUGAUUCUCUUAUAAACGGGCUUGCGUAUUUGCUUUCCUCUACGGAAAUUAGUGACUUUUUUGAAUAUAUGAUUUCGUUCAUUGAUUUAUUUGCGGAGACAGCAGAGAUUUUCACGCGAGACAGACAUUAUGCGCUCGGUAACCGGGAGCUGAUGCUUGUAUCAUCUGACAGCUGAUUUAACGGUGAAGAACCUGCGAGAAUUUAAAUUCAUUGAUCCUAAAGAAGGAAUCAAGAUGUCUAUGAAAUCAAAGAACGGCGAGACGGUGAAGGUGGUGGUUCGGUGUCGCCCGAUGAACCGUAAAGAAGAAUCGUCGGGUUAUGACAGUAUCGUGGAGAUGGAUGUGAAAUUGGGCCAGGUGGCCUUGCGGAACCCCAAGGCGGGUCCGGGAGAAUUGAUCAAGACCUUCACGUUUGACGCGGUUUACGAUGCUUGCUCCAAACAGAGCGAUUUGUACGACGAAACCGUCCGACCGCUCAUCGACUCGGUUCUGCGCGGGUUUAACGGCACAAUCUUCGCGUACGGACAGACGGGCACCGGAAAGACGUACACCAUGCAGGGCCAGUGGCUGGACGCGGAGCGCCGCGGCAUCAUCCCGAACUCGUUCGAGCACAUCUUCACGCACAUCUCGCGCUCUCAGAACCAGCAGUACCUCGUGCGGGCCUCAUAUUUGGAGAUCUACCAAGAGGAGAUCAGGGACCUGCUCACCAAAGACCACAGCAAGAAGCUGGAGCUCAAGGAGAGCGCAGACUCAGGGGUCUACAUCAAAGAUCUGUCCUCCUAUGUCACCAAGAACGUCAAGGAGAUCGAGCAUGUGAUGAACGUGGGGAACCAGGCCAGAUCUGUGGGCUUCACCAACAUGAACGAGCACAGUUCUCGAUCUCAUGCCAUCUUCAUUAUCACGGUGGAGUGCAGCCAGCUCGGUCCAGAUGGCCAGAACCACAUCCGAGUGGGCAAGCUCAACCUGGUGGACCUGGCCGGCAGCGAGAGGCAAACCAAGACAGGUGUCCAAGGCGAACGUCUCAAGGAGGCCACCAAGAUUAACCUAUCCUUGUCGGCUCUCGGAAAUGUCAUUUCUGCCCUGGUGGAUGGACGAAGUUCUCACGUACCUUACCGUGAUUCCAAACUCACACGAUUGCUUCAGGAUUCUUUGGGAGGGAAUGCCAAAACCAUCAUGGUGGCCACGUUGGGACCGGCCUCGUACAAUUACGAGGAGACCCUGACCACCCUGCGCUACGCCAACCGCGCCAAGAACAUCAAGAACAAGCCACGUGUCAACGAAGACCCCAAAGACGCCCUUCUGAGGGAGUUCCAGGAGGAGAUCGCCCGGCUCAAAGCGCAGCUGGAUAAACGGGGCAUGAUUACCAGGAGGAAGAGAAGAAGUAGGAGUCUGAGGAAGAUUGGAGAAGGGGGUGAAGAAGAGGUAGAGGAGGGUGAGGAGGAAGAGGAUGAAGAUGAGGAGGAAAGUGUGGAGAAGGAGGCACAGGAGUACAUGAAGGAGCAGCAGGAGAAGCUGGAGAGGGAGAAGGAGGCGAUCAGAGAUGACCAUUCUCUGGUGGCAGAGGAGAAACUGAGACUCCUGGAGGAGAAAGAGAGGAUGAUGAGGCAUCUGAAGAAGGAGCAGGAGGCCACCGAUCUCCUCACGGCCAAGUUCAAGGCAAUGGAAAGCAAGUUGCUGGUUGGUGGGAAAAACAUCAUUGAUCACACUAAUGAACAACAAAAGAUGCUUGAACUGAAAAGACAUGAGAUCGCUGAACAGACACGCAGAGAAAGAGAGAUGCAGCAACAGAUGUUGGUCCAGGAUGAAGAAACAGUAGAACUCAGAGAAACGUUCUCCUCUCUGCAACAGGAAGUGGAGGCGAAGACCAAGAAACUCAAAAAGUUGUAUGCAAAGCUGCAGUCUCUGAAGGCUGAUAUUCAGGAUGUGAAUGAUGAACAUGUCAGAAGUCGACAGGAACUGGAGCAAACUCAGAACGAACUGACCAGAGAACUCAAAUUUAAAUAUCUGAUAAUAGAGAACUUUAUCCCUCCUGAAGAAAAGAAUAAAAUCAUGAACAGACUUCAGUUUGACGCUGAGGAGGAUCAGUGGAAGUUUCAGCCUCUCGUCCCAGCAGAGAAUAAAUUCACACAGAUGAAGAGAAGACCCGCCUCCGCUGUGGGAUACAAGCGACCAAUCAGCCAGCAUGCCAGGGUUGCCAUAGCAAUGGGAGCUUAUUCCAGAUACAGGGCUGAGAAUAUAAUGGUUCUGGAACUGGACAUGACUCCCCCUGUCGUGUUUCAACUGGACUCCCCAAAGUCCAGUUUAGAGACGGAACUAUCUCGAGACGUUCUGUUGGACAAUGAAACCUACAGAGAGAAAUCAGCAACUGGAUGCGUCAAAAAAUCUCACUCAUGGUGCCAGUUUUCGCAAGCCAUCUCCUCCUCAAGCUCCGCCCUCUCUCUGGCAUCCUCAGGGUCCCACAGCCUGCCACACCCACAAACCAUUGCCAUGGCAACAGCCCAUGAAUGAAGUACCAGAAGUACCACAAUACCACCCCUGCAAGGGAUAAACAACAAUUCACAAAACCCAAAAUAUACUGAGGAAGAGGACAGUGAGACAAACUGUUCCAUCACCAUUAACCAGUAACUCCUCUAAAGAAUGAUUAGAGCAAUCUAACCAACAACCAAGUCUUCAGGUGAACUCCUAAAAACCUGCUCCUGUCAAUUUAAACCAGGACAAACUGUGAAUGCAAGAGGAAACACGCUUUCACUCUCCAGAUUGGAGCACUAAACAUGGACCCAUUCCAACUCAUCAGGACCAAUCAAACGAUCACUACUAAACAUAUUCACCCUUUCAAUCUCUGUUUCUCUUGCUUUCUGCUCUAUUAAUACUCAGGACGAUAUUGACCUGAACAGACUUUGAAAACUGCCAACAGAAGACUCAACAGCACUAAAUAAUGUCGCCUCAUUUGAGAACUGAGGCUAUUUAAAGGUGAAGUGUGUUAUUUUUUCGACACUAGCGGCACCCAACAGAAUUGCAAAAAUAGUGAACGUUUUUAAACCAAAAAGUUUUGUUUGUCCUGCCCUAAACCCAUGCCAUUGGCUGAGCUGUGGUUGGAAUGCAUUAAACAAAAAGAGCAAUGCUUUUUCGACAUCUAAUUACAUGUAGGAUAUGAAUUAUAGAUAUCACCAAUUCAAUUUUCACCAUAAAAAAUGUCAAUUCCUGACAUCAGGAAUGGAAUUACCACUAGAGAAAGUGCUCAUUUAGUGUAAAAACAAAAAAUAGUGUAAAAAUACUAAUCUUGAUAUCAAAAAUAGAAUUUCAUCUAGUAAAAACAUUAUUAUUGAUAUCUGUAACUGCAUUUUCACUAGUAGUAUUUCACAAUUAUCUCAAAACAAUUACAGACAUCUAUAAUUAAUUUCUUACUAGUUGCAAUAACAAACUAGUACAUUAAACUAUGUACUUCGUACUAGUAAAAAUUAAAAAAUGUAUAUCAAUAAUUACAUUGUUGCUAAUACAAAUAUCCAGUCCUGAUAUCAACAAAUGAGUUACAAGUGAAAGUGUGAAUUUUGUAUAUCUGUAAAUGUAUUUCAACAUGUUAGAUUUGGUAUUUCAGAUAUCAAUAAAUUAGAGAAAUUAAAGAUACAGUAUCUUAAAUGGCUUUCUUACAAGUUACAAUUACAUUACAGAUAUCUGAUAUUAACAUAGCCACUAGUGAAAACCAAAUUUCAGAUAUCCAAAAAUGAUAUUUUUGCUAGUUGCAAUCCAAUUGUUGGUAUCAGGAAUGGACAUUUGCUUUAGUAGCCAUGUAAUUAUUGAAACCAAAAAUGAUCAUUUAUUGCAUUUCUGAAAUUACGUUUUGAACUGGAGUGUAUGACAUGUUUGUAAAAUUCAACUAGUGAAAAUACGUAAUUGUUUUUAUCAAGAAUUAACAUUUUUACUAUUGCAAAUGUAAUUACUGGCAUAAAAAGAGCAGUUUCACUAGUAGUAAUUCCAUAUCAAGAAUUAGCAUUUAACUAGUGAAAAUGUAAUUGUUGAUAUCUAUAAUUCAUACUCUGCAUGUGAUUAAAUGUCAGAAAGGUCUUUCAAUACCACACAGUCAGUGUUUAUACUUUUGGGGGGGGAAUUAACCUACAAAUGGAUUACUUAUAGUUAAGCUACAUAUUAAGUUAAAUAUGAUACAAGAAAGUAUUUUAAUCAAUUCAAAAAAAUGACACACUUCACCGUCCAGCAGUUAUGUUUAUUUCAAUUAAUUUUGCUGCUUCCAAAACUGUUGGUCAACCUCAGUGUUUACGUACCGACCAGCACAGAUCUGAACUAGGGUUAAAGGCACACUGAUGGCAAACACACACAUCUGAUUAUGUAAGCUAAAUGGAUGGGGCUUUGUGAUUGGUCAUGCUGAGCUUUCACUUCCUGUGACUGGAAAGAAAAGAGCUUAGAAAGAGAGACUUUCUCUCUCUCUCUCUCUCUCUCUCUCUCUCUAUCUGCAUGUCUUAAUGUAUGUGUGUGUCUUUGUGAUUCUAAACAGGGUUCUGGAAUAGAGGCGGCUGAUUGUCUGGAGGAAGGAUCUAGAAGUCUAGACCUAGAGCAUGUACCAUAUGACCUGGGCUUUGCUUGUACCUUUAAACCACUGCACUAACUUAAAGCAAUGAAUUUGAUGCCAUACAUCUGUAAGACUACAGAUGAAAACACAUUUAAACUCUCAUAUACACACACACACACACACACACAUGCCUUGCUUACUUGACUUCUAACACAGCCAUGAUGAUCCCCAGCCAGAUGCCCCUCUCCUGUAAUUAUGAACAUACUGGAGUUUUGUUAUAUUAAGAAGAUCUAUGUGUUUAUGUGUGUCAGAAUUGUGUGUUAUUGGCUAAUAGAGGUGCUCUCAAUGGUUGGAAUUAAAGGAGCAGUUCUAAGGCAAAAGCUUAAGUUUCUCUCUCCUGUUUCCUGAGGAACAAUAAGGCAGAAAUGUAAAGCUUAUAAUUAUAUAAAACCACUUGCUUUAAUUAUUCUGUUAAAACUUGUGUAAUAUUUGAUCUGUUAAGUUUUUUAAAUGGAUGUUUUUGUGGGAUAAUAAUUAUUAAUUUCAUUUAUUUAAUCACACUUUUGCAGCGAAAUUCUUUUUUUCACAUAUCCCAGUUAAGCUGGGGUCAGGGUCAGCCAUGAUAUGGUGUCUCUGGAGCAGAUGGGGUCAAGGGCCCAACAGUGGCAUCUUGGCAGUGCUGGGGCUUGAACCCCCAACCUUCUGAUCAGUAACCCAGAGCCUUAACUGCUGAGCCACCACAAUGGCGACAAAGUUGUAAAAUUGGAUACAACUAUAUACAGAAAAGGUUAAGCGAUUUUAUCACAUUAAAAUUAUGUUAACACAUAAUGAAAUCUUGUGGUUACACUUUUGAAACAGAUUGGCCUCAUUCCACUUAGAAUCCAAGUACAUUUACAUAUUGGCCCCAUUC